UUGGUACCCAUUUGUUGACAUUAAGAAAGAAGUGUACACGGGCGGCAUGAGGCUGUGAUUUCACAACCUUGACCGGGGACAAAUGCAUUCUCCAAGUUGCUCAUAAGUGGAAUUAUGGCUCUGUAGAUAAUCUUUAUGGUGUUGGGGGGAAUUAACAUAGGAAGGGCUCGCGUCGGGUGCAAAAUUGGGUAAAAUGACCUUCUUGUUAGUAGGAGCAUGAGGUUAUGUGCUUAAUCUUUCACCCUAUUUCAGUGGCAGCGCAAGCAUUUUAUAUGUACUAGGUAUUGUAUUUUCGUGCAGCGGGGGUUGUGGUGGUUUGUCGCGUCUUUUGCGCUUGUGUGGGUGGUAUCUAGGCCAUGUUUUGUUUGAUGGCGUCGGUUGUAGUGUCUGUCUGACAGCCAAGGUGGCCGUUGGAUGUGGUCUUGUCUUGAGUGGUUGGUUGUUUCGGUCUGGUUAUAGGUUUGUAAUUAUAUUCAUUUAUCAAUGCGUCAAGAGCAAGCUUUGCGUUUUCUCAAAAAUAAAGUUUGCUAAAUUGCUCAGCGCCUGGGCCGCUAAGGGCCUGUGAUAUGUAGACGUUCCGUUGUGCUUUUAUGUACUUGGGUCUUGGGAUGCAAACUGAGGGCUGUAUAGUACUAGUGUUUAUUCGCACUGGUAUCUGGUAAUUUUCGAAAAAACAUUCCGGGGGUAUGACUAUAUGCCCUUGCUUUGCACAAUUCCCGUACCCAAUUUUUAACUAGUAAGUAUGUUGAUCACGACUUCGGUGCCUAUCCUAUAGGUACAUGUCAUUGUAAAACGCGGUAUUGGAAUUAGCGAAAAGUUUUUGACUAGCAAGAAUUGCAGAAAAAAAUUGGUUUUGAAAGCCACGUAAGUCAAAAGAGAGUGCUUCACGAGCAUUAUGCUUCUAUUUGGAAUGCUUCCGUUUGUUUUGCAGGCAUGAUUCACAAAGGUGUUUUAUUACACAUGUCACAACCCCUUCAAUUCCGAACUUUCCAAAUUUUCUUUCUUAGUUACCUAAUAGAAAAAAAAAACAUAGUAGUAGGAUUCAGGUAUUUUUCUUAUUGGUUGCUCUUUUUAACGCCUGAAUUAAUGUGUAUUGAUCUAAUGGCUAAAGCUCUGUUCAUGUUCAGCUGUCCUGCAAAAAGACUACAUUCUAUGAUCAAAGAAUUUGUUGGAAGCUACUAAAAGAAGAACCAAGUUGAUAUUGCAGAGGGGCAUAGCUGGUCCAGUAGGGCUGGCUUCACAAGAUCAGCCACGGCUCUAAGAAAAGGACCCCGUGUUACACUAAGAAGGGGAAGACAAUGUGUCCAUCGCUUUCCUAAGUUUCUUCUUGCAUCGCCUUCUUUCCACGGUGGCCGCGGUGCCCUCCCAUCUGCUGGGGGGCAUCCUUCUGAUCUGACCUACCUUGCUGGUGGUGGUCGUGCUGAAGUCUGAACUAGGAUUUUAGUACUGUAGUUAAUUCAGUUAGUAUAGUCCAUAUAUUUAAGUGUCGGAAGCAUGGUGUCAGCCACCAAGUUAGAAGGUGAAUACUCAUUUCAUGGCAAGAACCCUCCUCUGGAUCAAUCUGAAGGUGUGAAGCUACAUCUUUACCGUUUUGGUAUAGAACAUCACGGAAAUGAUGACCUUAAAAGAAUCACAUGUAUCGAUCAAGCCAGCCCAACUUUACUUGAUACAAUCAUUCUUUCUCAGUGGGAGAAUUUUGCUCGGGAGGGCCAUUUGGGAUAUGAUGUUACUACUUGCAAACUUAAGGUAAUUGAAGGUGAAAGGAAUUUUGUUGUUCAGAUGAAUGAUAAGUGGGAUUCAUUUUUGCUCAAGGAAUAUGGCAAGUUCCGUCAACCUUUGGGAUGCCUGAAGCCAGAUUGUACUGAAAGUCAUGAGGAACUGCUUUUGUGCAUUGCACAAGGAGAGAAGGAUGUACCUGAGGUUGUUCCCUCAGCAACACCUGUUAACGAUGGAGUACUGCUGAUUGCAAAUGCAUAUCCUGUUGAAUAUGGUCACAUCUUCUUGGUCCCAAGUGCAACCAAUCAACUCACUUCCUUUUGGGAUAGAAGGAUGUUUGGGCUGAUUAUGAGAAGUGCCUCUGAAGUAAACAAUGCAGCAUUCCGUGUUUUCUUUGAUGAUGGCACAUCUAUUGUGCCAGACCGCAUGUUUUUUGAGGCCUGUUACUUUGCUAAUCCUUUACCUGUGGAGUCUGCCUCGACUGUUGCGAUAUAUGAUGGGAAAGCCAGAUCAGGCAUUCGUGUGUACGAAAUAGUUGAUUACCCUCUAAAAGCUCUGGUGUUCACCAGCAACAAUGUAAACGCACUUGUUAAUGUUGUCAGUGAAGUAUCGUCAACUUUGCAUGAGAACAAGACUGCAUACAGCUUGCUGAUCUCCAACCAUGGCAGAAAUGUUUGCUUGUUUCCGCAGGCAAAAAGUCUGGUCACUGGCUGCUGUCUUCCUGCCUGGGAGUGCUGUGGCUACUUUGUUUACGGCACCAAGGCUGAUUUCGACAAAGCUUCUGAGACCGAAAUUUCUGACAAAAUGGCUUCGUUCUCAUUCCAAGAUGAUGCUUUUGAAGACCUGAAGAAUCUUUGUUGUGCUAUUGCCGAUGAUCAUGCCAUGUAACUCUGUAACUCUGUGCAGAAUAAAACUCAACUAUCAACAUUGCGUGUGAGAGUCCAUUAUGCACAAUUGUGCUGAGUGUACCGCCUUUAUAAAUACUGUGUGUCCAUGGUCCUUUAUUCCCUGCGUCUAGUGGUUUAUGCCUAAGUACUAUGGUACAUAUGCCUGAACAUUUAGAUUGCUCAAUAAAGGUUGCUGUUGUCAAUACUGUA